AUGUCUGAAAACCCCGCCGACAAUGAUGUUGAUUGUAAUGGUGUUGAAGAAACUGAGCCGUUUGAAAUACCUGAAUUACCAUGCGGUCGAACAAUAAGGUUUAUUUUACUAAGCACUUGGGAUGAUCCACAUUUUAUCGGAUUGAAUACGAUUGAAGUGUUUACCGCUGAUGGACAACGACCUGAAAUCGAAAGCAUUCAAACAAAUGCAAAAGAAUCAAUGGGAAUAUUGGAAAGUUUGAUCUAUGAACGUCGUCGUUGGCCAUGUACCGAUCCACAGAGAAUGUGGACAGCAAAGUGUGAUGGUAUGGCCGAACCUGUAUAUGUUGACAUUGUUCUCGUAUGCGAACAAAGUAUUGCCAUGAUUCGAGUUUGGACAAUUCUUUUCACAACCGACGAAGCGAUUCUUGAAAAGAUUGCCGAAAACGAUGUGUGUCUGGUUGAUGAGGAAAUUAUGACAAGUACUCUUGAUCUACUCAACAUUGAUACGGACACACGAGUUGCUACGUCGUCAACACCUGCUUCAUUGCAAUCAGCAGUUGUGCACCGACCUUUCACUGGUGAGAGGAAGAAAUUACGACCAACUUCUCGAAGUGCUAUUGACGAGAAAUCAGCCGAGAUGAUCACAGACGCUUGCAGUGAACGACCUUCUGAUAUAUCGAUGUUGAUUGAUGUCGAGCGAGGUACCAAUGAACUGCCUGCUGUUAAAGUUCUUCAUAUAGAAUUGAUGGAGAGUUGGGGAGCUCUUGAUUGUAUUGGUCUAACAGGUUUACAAUUUCUUGGUCCGAAAGGUGUUAUACUUACCACGACUGGAUGUCACAUCACAGCAUCGGCUUCACCCGAAAACGCUCAAAGAUUGUUGAAUGGACGAAAUUUAACUCGAAAUCGAGAUGAUAUGUGGUUAAUACCGCACUCCACAAAUGCGAUGCCGCCGUGCAUUACUAUAACCUUCUUGGAACCGCUUCCUUUAAUGGGCGUUUGCGUAUGGAACUAUAAUUUAUCACCGGAAAUGUCUUAUGCGGGUGUCCGUACUGCACAGUUCUAUGUGAAUGGUAAACUGGUAGCUGGUCCGAUCAUUUUGAGAAAGGCACCAGGCAAAUCAGCAUUCACUUCGCUUCACUUUCAACAAGGUCGUUUGCCGCAUUACACUGUUAUUUAUCAACUAAGACUGUUAUCGACAUGGGGUGAUGAAUUCUACGUUGGUUUGAAUGGCAUUGAAUUCUAUGAUAACCACGAUCAGCUCAUCAAACUUCAGCCACAAAAUCUGGCUGCAUUUCCAGAGAGUGUCAAUAUUUUACCGACAGUUAAUGGUGAUCCAAGAACAAGUUUGAAGCUCAUUGACAGUGUGAAUGAUACGACGAGCGCAUCGCAUAUGUGGCUAACACCAGUACUACCAAAUCGCUAUGCGAGGGUUUUCAUAAUAUUCGACGUUCCAACUGUUGUCUCACAAAUACGAAUAUACAAUUAUCGUAAAACGGCUGAACGAGGUGUACGACAUAUCGCAGUAUCAGUGGAUGACUUAAUCGUGUUCAGUGGUGAAGUACCACCAAGCUCGCCAGAAAGAACUGCUGUUCUCGCUGUGUCAUUACGAGAAUAA